UAGUCAAAUCAUGCAGAGCAAAAUAAAUUUAUAAGUAUACUGUUCUAUGCAUUCUCAUUUAGAUAGACUUUAGUAUACCCAGCUCACCAAAUAUUGUCUCCCAAAAGAAUAUCUACUUCCGGCCUAGACGAAUAACUAACCAGUGAAACAGUGAAUCAAAUGUUACAUUGUGAAAAGGAGAUGACCAAUCCCAGGAAGAGUUGUUUCCAUACUCUAGCCAUGUCCUCCAAGCUUGUAAUAGUACUACUGUUGUGUCUUGACUUAGCAGCCACUGAAGACAUUGGUUUCACCUACAAUGGUUUCCGAUCAAACAAUCUGAGCCUCGAUGGCAUAGCCAAGUUCACGCCCAAUGGCCUCUUGGAGCUCACCAAUAACACCGUACAACAAACGGGUCAUGCCUUCUAUCCUUACCCAAUUAACUUCAACAAUUCAUCAAGCACUACUACUUUCUCCUUCUCCACCACUUUUGUCUUUGCCAUCAUCCCCAAAUAUCCAACCGUGAGUGGUCACGGAAUUGCUUUCGUGAUUGCACCAACAAGAGGCCUCCCCGGUGCUAUUCCAAGCGCAUACCUUGGUCUUUUCAAUAAGACCAACGAUGGCAACUCCACUAACCGCGUUGUCGCUGUAGAGCUCGAUACCCUUCAGAACCCGGAGUUCAAUGAUAUUAACAAUAACCAUGUUGGGAUUGACAUUAAUGGAUUGAAUUCCAAACAAGCCAAGCCAGCAGGUUAUUAUGCUCCUAAUAAUGGUCCGUUCCAGAACUUGUCCCUUUUUAGUGGCCAUCCGAUGCAAAUCUGGGUGGUCUAUGAUGGUGUGGAAAAAGUCAUGAAUGUCACACUAGCUCCUCUUCAUGUCCAGAAACCAAAUACACCACUUCUGUCCUACUACACUGAUCUUUCACCUAUAAUCAAUGAAACCAUGUAUGUUGGCUUCUCAUCGUCCACCGGCUCAAUCCUAACGCUCCAUUAUAUAUUAGGAUGGAGCUUCAAGAUGAAUGGCCAGGCUCAAGGGCUCGACCUCUCUCAACUUCCUAAGCUUCCUCGAAUUGGACCAAAGCAAACAUCUCGAGUUUUGACAAUUGGGUUGCCUGUGAUUUUUCUAGUCUUACUGUUAGUAGUGGUCUCAGGCACAGUUUACUACGUUAGAAGGAAGGAGAAGUAUGCAGAAGAACUAGAAUAUUGGGAGCUUGCCUAUGGGCAUCAUAGAUUCAAAUACAAAGAUCUAUAUAUUGCCACCAAAGGGUUUCGAGACAAAGAAUUGUUGGGAACUGGAGGAUUUGGAAGGGUCUACAGAGGUGUAUUACCUACCUCUAAAAUUGAAAUAGCAGUGAAGAGGGUCUCUCAUGAAUCUAGACAGGGUAUGAAGGACUUUGUUGCAGAAAUAGUUAGUAUUGGGAGGCUACGCCAUCGCAACUUGGUACAAUUCUUGGGCUAUUGCAGGCGCAAAGGAGAGUUGCUUUUGGUGUAUGAUUACAUGCCCAAUGGAAGUUUAGACAAGUUCUUGUAUGACCAACCAGAGUUCACCCUCAAUUGGAGCCAGAGAUUUCAAGUCAUCAAAGGUGUAGCAUCAGGGCUUUUCUAUCUGCACGAAGAAUGGGAACAAGUUGUGGUUCACAGAGAUAUCAAGGCCAGUAAUGUCCUGUUGGAUGGAGAAUUAAAUGGGAGAUUGGGGGAUUUUGGCCUAGCAAGAUUGUAUGAACAUGGAACUCUUCCUGAAACUACCCAUGCGGUUGGAACUUUUGGGUACCUUGCCCCGGAGCACACUAGGACCGGCAAGGCCACAACGAGCACUGAUGUGUAUGCUUUUGGGGCAUUUUUGCUUGAGGUUGCUUGUGGAAGACGGCCAAUAGAGCCACGAGCACCAACUGAGGAUCUAAUUUUGGUUGAUUGGGUGUUUGCUUGUUGGAGUGGAGGUGAUAUUCUUCGGGCAGUUGAUCCAAAAUUGGGUACCAACUAUGUGCCAGAGGAAGUGGAGUUAGUGUUGAAACUUGGCUUGCAGUGCUCUCAUUCAGAGCCGGUGGUUAGGCCAACUAUGCGGCAAGUUGUGCAACAUUUGGAGGGUGACAUUCCUCUGCCAGAGUUGGCAUCGCUCCGUAUAACUGCCACUGGUCUAACUUUUGCACACCGUGAAGGCUUCGAUGAUUUUGCAAUAUUGUAUCCAAAUUCUAUGGAGAAGGCAUUUUCACACUCAUCCUCUGCUGCAGAAUCACUUCUCUCUGGAGGCCGAUAAUACUAAACGAUUUGUUUCAGUAAUUAACCUUAUGGACAAUUGACGUAUUUGGUGAACCAUAAAGGGUGCUUCUUUUUUCUUUUUCUUUUUUAGCUUUUUUUCAUGAGCGUUAGUGCACCUACCAUAUCAGUAUUGGUGCGCUAUAGAAUUAUGUAUAUCGAAAUUUAUCUGGUUUCAUUUUCAAGGGUCAUUACAUUGUUUCCAAUCCAAGUCUGGUACACACAGUUAAAAGUUACAAAUUCCAUUUGGUUUGGAAGAAA